UAGCAUCGGGCGCGGAUAACUAGGGGCGCGGAGCCGAACCCUCCGCGCCCAGGUCACCUCCCCAGACCUAGCCCGGCGAAGACCAGGGCUUCGGGGCUUAGGGACCCGACGUCGGUCGUACCGCGAGCCCCACCCCGAAAAGAAGGCGCCGCCGAGAGCUGGGAGGCGGCGGCGCGCCCGGGAGGUCGUGUCGUGGGCGCCGUCCUAGUGGCGGGGAGCGCACCGCGGAGGGGACAUGCGAUCGGAGAAAUCCCUUACGUUGGCGGCGCCGGGGGAGGUCCGUGGGCCGGAGGGGGAGCAACAGGAUGCCGGAGACUUCCCGGAGGCCGGCGGCGGCGGCGGCGGCUGCUGUAGUAGCGAGCGGCUGGUCAUCAACAUCUCCGGGCUGCGCUUCGAGACGCAGCUGCGCACCCUGUCGCUGUUCCCCGACACGCUCCUGGGGGACCCCGGCCGCCGCGUCCGCUUCUUCGACCCGCUGAGGAACGAGUACUUCUUCGACCGCAACCGGCCCAGCUUCGACGCCAUCCUCUACUACUACCAGUCGGGGGGCCGGCUGCGGAGGCCGGUCAACGUGCCGCUGGACAUCUUCCUGGAGGAGAUCCGCUUCUACCAGCUCGGGGACGAGGCCCUGGCUGCCUUCCGCGAGGACGAGGGCUGCCUGCCCGAGGGUGGCGUGGACGAGAAGCCACUGCCCUCCCAGCCCUUCCAGCGCCAGGUGUGGCUGCUCUUCGAGUACCCGGAGAGCUCGGGGCCCGCCCGGGGCAUCGCCAUCGUCUCCGUUCUGGUCAUCCUCAUCUCCAUUGUCAUCUUUUGCCUGGAGACGCUGCCGCAGUUCCGCGCAGAUGGUCGAGGUGGAAGCAAUGGUGGUGGUGUCUCCCCGGUGUCCAGGGGCAGCCAGGAGGAAGAGGAGGAUGAAGACGAUUCCUAUACAUUUCAUCCUGGCAUCACCGCGGGGGGAAUGGUGGCAGGGGGCUCAUCCCCGCUAAGUACCCUUGGGGGCUCCUUCUUCACCGACCCCUUUUUUCUGGUGGAGACGCUGUGCAUUGUCUGGUUCACCUUCGAGCUGCUGGUGCGCUUCUCCGCCUGCCCCAGCAAGCCAGCCUUCUUCCGCAACAUCAUGAACAUCAUCGACUUGGUGGCCAUCUUCCCCUACUUCAUCACCCUGGGCACCGAGCUGGUGCAGCAGCAGGGACAGCAGUCCGCCAGUGGAGGCGGCGGCCAGAACGGGCAGCAGGCCAUGUCCCUGGCCAUCCUCAGAGUGAUCCGCCUGGUCCGGGUGUUCCGCAUCUUCAAGCUGUCCCGCCACUCCAAGGGGCUGCAGAUCCUGGGCAAGACCCUGCAGGCGUCCAUGCGGGAGCUGGGUCUGCUCAUCUUCUUCCUGUUCAUCGGAGUCAUCCUCUUCUCCAGCGCCGUCUACUUCGCAGAGGCCGACGACGAUGAUUCGCUCUUUCCCAGCAUCCCGGAUGCCUUCUGGUGGGCAGUGGUUACCAUGACCACAGUAGGUUACGGGGACAUGUACCCCAUGACGGUGGGGGGCAAGAUUGUGGGCUCGCUGUGUGCCAUCGCCGGGGUCCUCACCAUCGCUCUGCCCGUGCCCGUCAUCGUCUCCAACUUCAACUACUUCUACCACCGGGAGACCGAGCAGGAAGAACAAGGCCAGUACACCCACGUCACUUGUGGGCAGCCUGCCCCAGACCUGAAGGCAGCUGACAACGGACUUGGCAAGCCUGAAUUCUCGGAGGCCACCCGGGAGCGGAGACCCAGCUACUUUCCCACUCCACAUCGGGCAUAUGCAGAGAAAAGGAUGCUCACCGAAGUUUGACGGAUGCAGGCCGGGCCUGCAUGGAAGGAAGGACACUGAACAAACAAUCCCUUAGGGCUCCUUGUCAUUCUCCACUACUCGCACCCCAGCUCCAGGUGACUUCCUGACCCCCCCGCCCCCACACCCAGUGGCUGGCGCCAGGACCACACACCUGGACUCUCAGUCUUGUUACUUGACCCCUGCAGCAGCCAAGGUUUCUCCAUCUAAGUGACAUUUUCCAAACUCUAACGGUGCCACCCAUUCGUGCCCAUCUUCUGUCACAUGGAUGAGAUUUCCAUCUGACCUUCGUCCCUCAAGACUCUGAUUUUUCAUGUCUGGGACUUGUAAUAUCUCUAGAAAGAGUGAUGUUGACAAGAUGGAAACCAGGCACACCGGGGUCCUUUUUCUCCUUAGCAUCUGUGGCUUUGGGGCAUGCACCUGUCUUAGCUUCUGGCCACAUGGUAACUGGCAGAAACGGGUGGACAGAAACAGUACUCCUCCUUUGUUUUACUCCAGCGCCCUGUAACACCGGCUGGUCAUCCUGAAGAGGACCCCUGGGAGAGCCUACAGCUGCCCAGCCUGAUAAUAUGCUAUACAUCUCUAAUCUUGGUUGGAAUUAGAGAAACUACAAUUACACUUGGCCGUUUGGAGGAUAUGAGAGUCAGUCCUGGACCAAAGGGGCCAAUGGAUUCUUCCAGGUGCCAUCUGGCACGGUAGACACAUCAGUGUGCACUUCGUUCUCCCCACUCUGAUCCCCUGACUCUCUCGAGCUUCCAGGAAGGCUCCUUCUCAGAGCCAAAUACUCUUCCUGUGCAGAGGAACUGGCAAAGGGGAACCCACAGAGCUGGGAGAAAUGGCUGAAUAUAAUCAAGCACCUGGCUUGACCGCUUAUCAGAAGGGAGGUGCCACGGAGACAGUGCCAUCUACGGGAGCAGAGGAGUCUUCUGCAGAUAGCAAAUUUCUCUCCCUCACUUCCCCCGACCCUCUCUAGUCCUCCACCCUUCUUCCUGGGAGUCUGACUUAGGAUUGCUGUUGAAGGCUUUCUAAAGCAGACUCCAGCCUAAACCCAUGGACAGGUAGAAGCACAUAUUGGAUGCUAGCGUGGGCUUUUUUUUUUGUUUUUUUUCCAUUUCGUGGGCAAUGAGACAGGUGGUUUAGAGUAAGGAAGAAGCAUUAUUCCUUUGCUGACAGCCUCACUGUUAGAGGUUUUUGCUGAGUCGAGCAAACAUUCUCCUGCUCUGGCCCUGGAGCUGCAGCCCACAGCUCUCACUGGUAAGGUGCCACUUAGACCAAGUCAUCUUCUUCAGUUGUGAACCCCUGUUUCUGUCCCCUCAUCACACUGUCAUUCAUUUGUUGCCUUGAUCAACUGUGAUGCACUGUUCUGAGCUCUCCUGGGUACAGUUCAGAAACCGGAAGGACUGUUAAUGAGUUUUUAAUUUUAUAAACUAGGCUUUAAGGCUCCUUGAUAAGAAUUUUUAAAAAAAUCUUUUCUCAAAGAGCAAACUUAUGAGGGACAGCCUCUUGAGGGUUUUCUUGAGAGACACUGUCCGGAUGUUGCCACACUUUACAGGGUAACUUGGGUGCCACAGUCCCUCUUUGUGCCUCAGUCUCCCCACCCAUUCAAUGGGAACAUUCAUGUCUUUCCCCCCACCCCCACCUCAUGGGGAAUGGCCCGUGAACUCCUCUGGGAGGCUGGGGAUGAUGCUAUGCAAAUGUGUGAACUUCCGUAAUGGUUUCUAGUUCAUUACCACGUUUCCCCAUCCCCCAUAGGCAAGGCCUCCCCUAAGAGUUCCUGCCUUGGAUCCAGAGCCCAUGCACAGACCAUUCUGGGCCAUUAGCUCUUUAAAUCCCUCCCUAGCCUCUCGAACCGGGCCUUGGUCUUUCUUCUUACCUUUUGGCAAGGAGGAUGCUCUUUUUGGAGCGAUCCAGUGGGAUCCUUUUAGGGCCAGACACCAUCAUCUUGAUUGGGAGUUUGGCUUCUCCAAACCUGAAAUGCAGUAGGAGAUGCUCAUGAUUCAGACACUUGCUCUGAGGCCAUAAAAUGCCAGGUUUCCAAAUGUCUUCUGGAAUAUUACUCCUGGCAAUUUGGGGGAAAGAGAAGGCCCACGCAGAGGCAAAAGCGAUGCUCCCAGCGAGGGUAAUGUUGGAACACGUAUGCGUGUGUCUCUGUAUGUAUGUAUGUGUCAUCCUCAUCACCAUUUCCUUUUCAAGUCAGAGCAUGCCCGAAAGUAAAGGGUUUAUGGAGAGCUGGGCUCUCCAGGGACUCUGGUUGCCGUAGCAACCUUCCAGACUGUGCUCUCUAUCUUCUGAUUUGGGCAGCCAGGGAGAACAGGAGACUACGUAUUCCCAGCUUCUGAAAGGGGGACGCCUCUCACAUAUGGCUUUAGGGGCUGGUAGGGCUAGGACAGGGAUGCGUGACCUUCGGAAAAUGAAGGGGAAGCAGGUCCCCAAAGUUUCCUAUCUGGACCUUUCUUCCUGGCUUCCCCACCCAGUCACUGAAGCUGCCUCAUCCCACCCCUGAGUCUUCAGAAACUUGAAUGCCAAGCAACUGCCGGUUAAAGCAAUGUCCAUAUUAUUGUUUUUGAAAUGGCCUUGGAGGGGACUAGCUUCUCCUGAGGUAGUCAAGCUGGGCCUCGCCAAGGGUCAUACUAGUUUUAGUCCAUAAUAGCACUGCGGGGCACUCACGUCCUCAGAGAGAGGCUCCUCCCAGCGCUGAGAGAGACAGAGAAAUGAUGCUUCUGCUUCCCAAGGAACAGUCUAGCUCUUGGGAGGAAUCUCAUAGGUGGUUCAUCUUAAGAUGUCGAAGAAAAACUGAGAGGCUGUGACCUGACCUAGUUCCUGUGAAGGAUUCUGCCAAGUGACCCCCUCUGACUCUGAGCCUCUUGACGUGGAUUUUGCUCCCUGAGCGCCGCGACAAUCUGCGCCCGGUGUUGCUGUGACAGCUGGGGUGGCGAUUUCGCAGCUGCCAGCAGAGGGGUUCAGGUCAUCGUUACGCCUGACUCGGGCCCACAGGAGCGCCCAGAGGUCUUCCUGGAUCUGUGAAGCUCGGCUGAGACGUGGGAGGUGCCUCCUGCCAGAUCAGCCCCAGGAGAGAAGGGGACAGCUGGCCGUCUUUGCACCCGAGACACAAUGCCUCUACAACGAAUCUCCUAGGAAAGCGUGCGGUAGCUCCGACUCUGAGGGGUCAUGGUCGCCUGGCACCAUGUGAGAGCUUUGCGGGGAGAGCACGGAUGCAGCCUCAGACCUGGAAGGAAGGGAAGAGGCUGGCACAGAGGUCCAAGCCAGGAGACCUACACCUCCACUUCUGAUAGUGGCUGGGAAAAGAGGGUCCGGACCCUCAGCUCCUCCAGAAGACGAGACCCCCUCCGGUGGCCUCCCACGAGCCAUGACCAGGCUGGAAAAAGCUGGGACCAGACCCACUGGCUAAUUUAAAGAUGGGGCCCAGGAUAUGGGGGUGAAGCUGGGGCGGGGAGGUACCUGCUCCCUUUAUGGUUCCCCAGCCACCUGCCAUUGCCGACAGCGCCACUAGAGGGAGCCACCGCUGCUCCUGUUUCUCCCGCAGGUGGGUUGGGAAACCCUGGGGCUGCCCUGGGAGCCGGGCGCCUUCUGGUUGGAAGGGCUAUUCGUCAGCCCUCGGUCACUCCACGGGGUCCCUGCGUGUCCAGCCACAUGUGAUGUGUGAGUCCGUUCAGGGCUGAGAGUCCGCUGGGGUCUCUACCCAGCAGUCCUGGUGUAGCUGGACGUCCAGUGAAUGGAGGAUGACCUGCCCCUUGUCCAUCCGUGCAGGAGCCCCAGGAGGUGCUACUCAGAGAUCCAGGGCAGAUGUGGGGGGAGCCGAGGCUUCAAAGGCCCCCAGAUCCCUGGCCUGAGAAUUCCAGUGGGCAACUUGAGGGGCCCCUGCCAAGGGGUAUCCCCAACCUCUUGGAAGAUGCAACAGAGCAGCGGGAAGCAGCAGGAAACUGCCCAGGGAACUGCGCUCGGAGGCCUGAUAUCCAGGGACUUUUGCCCGAGUUGCUGUCAGCGGUGGGAAAUUACCCACAGGGGCCAGGGGAUGAUGUGGCAAAGAGAUCAGGUGUCUUUUGGAAAAGUGAUUUUCCAGUUCAAAUACCACUCGGUCACAGAGAUUUUCUGGAAUCCCGCCAGGCUAAGAGUCAGGCUGAAUUAUCCUGAACUCCUACCUGCUAUUGGGCUUGGGGUCAGGAGGGGACAGAUGGAUAGUGACCUUGUGCAUAACCACUUAUCCUCCAGGGGGUGUCUUCACCUCUGGGCCUCAGUUUCCUCCUCUGUCAAGCAGGGGGUUUAUAUUUUGAUGCUCUCCAAGGCCCCUCCUGCAAGGAAGAGUGGUCUGUCUGGUUUGUCCUCCUGCACUGUGGCUCAUCUGUCACCACCUCUCUGCUGUCCGCAGUUUGAAGCAUGUGGAAAGUCGUUGCCCUUCCCCACAUAAGCAGCUUUUAAAAAUACCCGUAAAAAUAAAAUGAGAUUGACCUCUUAGGGCCAGUCAACUCAUCAAAAUGAUUCUGAGCCCUCCGUGCUUAAGUGUCAGCAGUAAUUGGUCAUUUCACAGCAACAGGCUGGAAAAGCUCAAGGCGGGGCUAAAGUUUACAUUUUCUAUGUCAACAGUCACUUGCCUGCUGUCUGGCUUCCUUUUUGGUCCUGCUGACUUCUGACGGGCUGGGGCCAGCUCGUCGGGGCUCUGUGAUGUUGCGUCACAUCUUGGUGACAGGGUCCUCAUUACUCUGAAUUUCCAAGCACAGCUUAGUCUCUCAAAGAUGCUUCAGUGACUAAAACUCCAUUCCAAACCUGGUUUUGGUGGAAAAGAAAGUCGAUGACGAUGGGAGGGGUUGGAGGGGUUUCCUGAGAGGCAAGGAGCAGGGAUUCCUUCCAAUCAAUACAUUAUUCCAGUCAAUACAUUAUUGAUUGCAAUAAUGAAGAUGUGUUUUUCAGUUUUGUUUUUGUCUAGUGCCUUAAUAGUCAAGAAAGGCUGUGGACAUUAAUGGGAGCAGGGUACUGGGGCCUGCAUGGUCCAGGGCAGGACUUCUCAUCCUUCAUUGUGGAGGCAGAUCACCUGAAGACCUUGUUAAAAUGCAGAUUCCUGGGCUCCAACCCCCGGGGAUACUGAUUCAGUAGGUCUGAGAAGGAGCCCAGGAACGUGCAUUUCUAUCAAGCUCUGGGUAAUACCGAGGCUGCAGGUCAGGACACCAGGCUGUGGGUGGCACUGUCCUAGGGACAAUGACAUGGCAUCUACACCCAGGGCGGUGAGCCCCGUGCAGAUACGAACCAGGGAUUGUCGAGCUCACAGGGAACGUGGGGAACAGUUCACUGCAGUGGAUGCGGACACAGCUAAAUCUCCAAGGGACCAGACGGUCCCCCCCCCACCGCACCACUGUUAUUCACAAGGCUGUGGUGGUGACUAAACUCUUGGCUAAUUACCACGCUGGUGGGAAGCAUCCCAGGUUAGUGCUCUGAGGUUCUGGCCACUUCUGGCCACCAGGUGGGGCAGGAUGAUUUCUUCCCAGGCCCGAGGAGCUGGAAGAGGAAAAGUACUGAGGAGAUGGUAGCAGAGCCUUUCAGAAAACGCUGCAAUCUCCGAGUGCACCAACACCAUCCAGAACUAGGCUUUGGCGGGGAAGGGAUGCUGUUGGUUUUUCAAGCUGUUUGCUUUUCUUCCUGUUAUCCCAAAGUGCAUCCUCGUUCACCCCCUUGUGCAGUAGGUGACCGUGGCUUGAGAUGAAAGGGAGAUCGCUCUCCCUGUACCGAAGAUGGAGCAAGAGGACGAGGGAGAGAAAGGAUCUUGUGUGAGGUGCCAGUGAGCAGCGUUGGGCUGCCUGGACCAGCAUGUUUCUUGCCAAGAGAAGGACGGAGGACGGCCUCGUAAGAGGUCCUGAGCCUUCCCCGCCCCUCUUUUCUCUCUCCUCCUGGAACUGAGUCCACGGGCUGCUCUGGAAACGACUGGGGUGCUUGGUGCCCCCUCAUCCAAGAGGCCCAGGAGCAACGGCCUUCCCAACCCCGCGAGGUAGGAUUGCCCUCAGACUCGGGGUGGACAGAUCAGCAAAUCAGCAUCCCAGGCUCCGGGCCAGCUGGAGGGCUCUGGGAGUCUGCCCACGAAGAUAUCUUCUCUCAGCAGGACCCAGACCAGGAGCAGUAAAGAACCCACAUCAGCAAAGAGAGAGACACUGCAUUUCCAGGAGGCGAUUGAGGGCUGCGUCCCCUUCUUCCCAGUGAAGCCAAAGUCCUCACCAAGGGUCUUUGUGCGGGGCGGGGGGACUGAUCUACAUGAUUUCAUCACACUUGGGGUGGCCUGUGUGUCUGUCAAGGGGCAGCUGUGGGGACGAGGCAAUAAAGGACCCUGGUUCUGGGGACAGCAGUCCAUCAGCCAGUGCAUCAGUAGCACCAACUUCCAACCGCACUGAACACCCGUUACCCUGGAGAAACAGGGAAAAGGGGAGUGUUCCAUGCAGAGGGGCAGCAGUGCUGGUGCACUGCAGUGAGCUGAGCGCAGUCGCAUGUCAGGUGCAGCGUGUGGGGCUGGGGACAGUUGCUGGGACCCAUCUGCGGGACUGCCAGACGCUGAACAAAAGCUAUGAACUCAGACACCACUAUCAGGUACCUAGUGAUCCCUGUGAACCAGAUCCAAGCCCUUGACGUGGGUCCCUGAAUCCUUGGGACAGCCCUAUGGGAUGGGUGUUAGUAUUUAUCCUCACUUAGAGAAGAGAGAACAGAGGCACAGAGGAGUUUAAGUCCCCAGCAUCUCACAAUUGAUAAGCGGGGAGGGGCUGGAGUCCAGCCCUGACAAUCUGGGUCCUGGACCCUCGUGCCAGUCUUCUUCUCUCUGGUGAUGAUGGAGGUGGUGGAGAUGCAGCUAACACUUAGGGAGCACUUGCCAUGUGCCGACCCCACCCUUUUGGAGAUUUUCCUGGUCCAAAGACAUUCCAACUGAGGACAGAAGAGCACAGAAGAACGCAUGGGCAGAGCCUGAGUGCAGCCCAAGAUGCUGCCUGUGGGAAUAACAGUGGUGAUGUUGAUGAUCUGAGGUUAAUAAAAGCAACGACGUUGAUGGUGGUGAUGGUGAGGAUGGUGAUGAUGGUGAUGGGGGUGAUGGUGGUGAUGGUGAUGUCAGCUAGUGUUUAUUGAAUGCUAACUCCGUAUCUGUCACUGAGCUAAGCUCUUGAUGUGCGAGAGCUCAUUUCAUCUUCUCAGCAAUCCCAUGAGACAGGUAUUACUAUGUUCCCACUUUGAAGAUAAGGAAACUAAGGCUCAGAGCGGUUACGUAACUUGCUUGAGGUCACAUAGCAGGGAAGUGGUAGAACUGAGUCUCUCAUGCAGGAAGCCUGUCUCAAGAGCCAGCCUUGAAGCAAUGCCUCUAUCAGAUUUUUAGUCCCUGGCCGCCCCUCAUUCAUUCCAGAUCUUGAAUCCGGAUAAUGGGCUCAACUCUCUCCCCCAAAGUGAAGGUGCUCCUACCCAAGAAAAGGGGCAGAGGGAGCUGUCCACCUGGCAUGUCUGAAAAGUGGUCAGAAUUGGUGACUGGGGCGUAGAGAGGAGGGGAAGGUUGGGUGGGAGGAGAGGAAACUCGAAAGGUAGAUUGGAUAAGAGAAUGAAGGAGAUUUUACUUGAUAAUAACCGGGAAGCAAUAGAGAGUCAUCAAAGGUUUCUGAGCAGAGAAAUAGCAAGAUCACAUUUGUAUUUAGGAAGGCACCUGCAGUGAUUCAGGUCUGGAUGGAGCCAUCCUCUCCGUAUUCCUUCAAACCGUGCCAGCAGGAAGAAAGCCCUCUCUUGCACCCAUGGAUGAGGCUGUGCCUGCCCGUGAGGUGGGAGGUGAGGCGACUUGCUCUGUUUUGCAGAAGCAGCAGCUCAGCUCACAGGUUGCAUGCUGCUUUGGCUUCUCUUGGUGCUCAGAGGGGAUGUUCCUGUGCAGCCAGAGGGCGUGGGUAAAUGUUAAACAACCAGCCCUCUAGGGAUAAAACGCCCAGGUUUGGAGCAUUUGCGAAUUUCAUUAGCAUAAAUACCCCCACUAUGGCCGAUCUCAAGCAACUGAAUUGUUAUAAACGGGGUUGCAGAAUUCCUGAAAAAUUUAACAAUUGGUUCUAGCAAGCCAGUGGGAGUGGGGUCCACAACUCUGCAUGCACCCCUGUGUCCUCCCCCGCAGACACUGGUCACCCUGAGCCAGCACUGAUAAGAGAGGCAGAGUAAGUUGCCCAGGCCACGGAUGAUCCACUUGGAGACCCAGGGAUUGAAUGAGGGGUGGAAACUGGCAUCUUGUCUUCUGGGCCACACGUUUGGACAGGCUCUGUUUAGGAGGACAAAGCCUGAUCUCUGCCUGGAUCCCCUUCAGAAGGGAUUUUAUAUUCAGUGGUAGCAAAAUUUCUCUCUGGCUUCUAAGGCUUAUGGGUCACACCCUCCUGCCAGAACUGGAAAAAUAAUGCCAGGGAGUAUUUUUGGUUUUU